UUUUCAUUACUCUACUCGCGAUGUAAUCCCGGCGACACCGAUAAACAAUUAACGAUUGCGGUAUUAAUCGGCCACGUCGCGAUGCGGCUCGCCAUCCUCAUCAUCAUCGUCGUCGUCGUCGUCGUUGUCGUCAUUGUCACCGUCGCCGCCGCCGCACCGUCGUGGAUCGCGAGCGGCGUGAUCGAUCCUCGCGGAGAGAAGAAACAAAUUGUAUUAUUAUUCCCCCAGAGUUGAUUUCCGAUUCCGUUCUCCCGCCUGGACACAACAUGGUGCACACGGUGUGCUUUGUGUAACCAAAAUAAACCUCGUGUGUACGCACGCGGUCAGCGAACGAAAAAAAAAUGGGUAGAAGACUACGAAAAUAUCGGACAGGGUCCAGCUCUCGCGCAAAAUCAAUUCCGUGCCUUCUUUUUCCAGUUCUCCGCCUUUCCCCUCUCUUCCGACGUUGAUUCUUAUUGUUAAUCGAUUGGAAUUAUCGACCGCGCAGUCAUCGUCGGUGCCCGCUGCCUUCGUCCUGGCCGCCUAUAUUCUGCUCCGCCUGGAUGCACGAACGUCGUCGCCGUCGCCGUCGCCAUCGCCAUAGUGCGCCGCUCGCUGUGCUCACGUUGUGCGUAUGCGUCAGCACGUACAAUAUCUGCGUGCACACGUAGCUUUGCGUUUGUGUGCGCGCGAUGUGUACAAUGCGCGAGACUACGAGCACCGAGGCGAGCGCGAGGAAGAGAGAAAUGCGUGUAUACGUGGACACGCAUGUGCACGUGUGCGAGUGCGCAUGGCGGAGUGUGGGUGCAUACGGUGACCCUGCCGCGCUGGAUGAGUGGGUGGAAAAUCAGGGACGUAGCGAGGAUCGACGAGAAUUCGCGUGCCCGCGAGAAACGCGCGUUUUAGAAUGUUCCUUGGACCAACGAUGCAUUUUUCCCAUGCGAGAAAAAGUUUGCAUUCUUCGUUAAUGAAACAAAAUACUUAGUGCACCUAAUAUAAUGUAUGAUACGUUUUUCAUAAAGUAUUUCAUGUCUCCGUUUCUUUCAUAUUGUUAUGUUUUGAAAAUGAGAUACGUGAAACUUAUAAUCGAACAGAGCAACCGUGUUGUUUCAGUUUUGUUGAUUUUUGGAAUCCGUUUUCUUUUGCGCAAAAGUGCAACAUUUACCACGUUUCUCUUUCUAUCUUAUUCUUUUUGGGGCAUUUAAUAUGUAAUAUUGAUUUCUAUGCAUUUUUUUACAUAAAAUUUUUUGUGUCUUAAAUAUUGAGUAUUUCGAGCAAAUGCAUAUUAGUUGUCUUUUUAUUUUUAUAAUUAAUUCACUUUUGUUACGGUUGUUCAACUGUAUCUUAUAACAAACGGUACGAGAAUUCGCGUGCCGAAUUUUACAGUGUUUCACGUGAUAAUUCAUAUUAAAUCUCUUCCUAAUUAAAUUUUCGAAACAGUCUCUUCAGGAAACCACAGUGAAAUUCUACGUAUCGGGUUAUUUCGCUCUCCUUUCUCUCAAAGGUGUCAAUGUCAAAACCUCUUGACACGUUCCUGCCUGGAGCGACACGUGUCCGUGUGUGCGUGUGCGCAUAGCCAGGUUACGAGAGAGGAAGACACGACGAGGAGGAGAGACGAUGGGGGGAGGGACGGGGGUCGAUGAGCGAGAAGGAUGUGUACGGUCAGGGAGGAGGAGAGGGUGAUGUUCAUGCGUGGGAGGAAGAGAAAGGGAUCGAGCGAGAGGGAGAUAUAACGAGGGUACGGAACGUGUGUGCGUCAGAGAAGGACAGAACAGGUUGAACGAGGACCGUCAUCCUUUCCGCGCGCGCGCGCGCACAAGAGAGAGAGAGAGAGAGAGAGGGAGGAAGGGAGGGGGGGGUGGAGAGAGAGGGAGGAAGGGAGAGAGAGGAGCUACCACCCGGAGGAGGGAUAAGACUGGCACGCGAGAAAGAGGGAUCUAGUCGGUGGGAUAGCGACGGAGAUAUCGUCGAAGCUCACACACACAUUCACACACUCUACACACACGUCCGCGGAUGCACACUGGGCCGUCAAGCUCGCGCACUACAGACUACCAGACUCCCACCACGAACUUUUGGAAAAAUCAAUAGAAUACAAGAAAAGCCCAUGGUGCGCUAGGCGAGCGGAGCUCUCUUUCUCUCCUCUUCCACCCUCGUCUUUUCUCUCCCUCUCUCUCUUUCUCUUCGUACUCGUAUUUUCUCUUCUUCUCUCUUUCUCUUCCCUCUCCCCCUUAUCUCUCUCUCUCUCUCUCUCCCCUCUCCUUCCCUUUUGCCCACUACCCCCCUUGCUUCUCGCGGCAUCUCUUGCGCGCACACGCGGUAUCCGUGUUCGCCGCUGCUCGCAACAAAGAGAGGGAGAACUCGCGUGUAUAUACUGGCGAUCGACGGAGAUAGGCGGUAUGCGUGCACGCACGACGGCCAAGGACGGAGAUAAGAACGAUGGGUUGGUGAGGAGGGAUAGAGGAAAGGAGGGAAGGCACGGGAUUGUACGUGAGAGGUGCGACGAGCGUAUACGACAGUAUCCGGGCAAGUUGAACAGAGAAGGAACGAGAAAGAGGGACGCAUGAAACGCGAAGCGCACUAUGAGCUUGGUUUUAGUUGAACAGAGAUGGCGAACGCGAAAGAGAGAAGAGAGAGGGGAAAAAUGCGUUCGUGUGCACUUAAUAGACAAGGCGGGAAGAAAGAGAAGAAAAAAGUCGUCGCGGUAAAGAUAAAAAGAGAUGAGGACACAUACACGGGCACAUACACACAUGACUGUGCGUAUCUAAGACGCGCGUAAGUUUCAUCGUUAGGUCAGAGAGAGAAAGAGAGAGAGAGAGAGAGAGGGAUAGAGAGAGACAUAUGUUUGUCGUGUAUGCAGUAUGCACGUGUCCGUGUGCAAGAAAGACAGGAAAAUACGGCGGUUCAGCCAUAUAGCUAUAGCGCGAAUAGUGCGCGACGGGUUACGUAGGAGCGUUCGCUAAUGGGCAGGAGACGAAGAGCCAUAUGCAGCGAGAUGCAUAGAGAGAGGAGAUAGAAACGAAGAGAGAGGGAGAGGAAUACUGCGCACGCGGAUGCGCCUUGCCCGUGUUGGUGCACCGAGCAGAAGAUUUGCACGGUUCAACAAACGCUUCUCGCUUAUGUAUAUGUGCAAAACUAUGUAUGAAUCUCCCGGGGAGCCAAGUCGAAAGCCGGACCAAUGUAGAAGAGGCUCAUCAAAAUUGUCCUUGAUAGCGAAUGCUUGGGCCUUGUCCUGCGCCUUAGACCUGGGUUUGCUCCGAGAGUCUUCCCUCAAGGAAAUCGUCAUCGCGAGUUACUCGGAUUUAAAUUCUCUAUCCACCACCGAGGACGCGGGGAAAUCUUCAGAUCUCGAAACGAACGAUCGCGAGGAUGGUGAUGCGUGUAAGUCUACGAGUAUCUUCGGUAACUCGUGGCCGUUCAUUGACCCGACGCAAGUUAAACGGAUCAGGAGGAAGCCUGCCCGAAGACGAAAGAGGAAAACGCGGCCGUGGUCGGUGAGACGGCGAAGGAGACCGAGGGAGGACAUACAUCCGAGAAUCGAUGGCGAAACGGCAGAUCUUCCGACCGAGAGAAACACCUCGUUGCUGCGAAAAUCCAAGCGAGAAAAUCUCGCCGUAUCGCAUGAUCGGUCAGCGAGAUUAUCGGCGAGGACAAACUCUUCGUCAAUGCGAUCCCGCACUUUCGUCGAUGACGAGCGUUUGCCCGAAAGUUCAACCGACGACGAAGAAGUAAUUAGUCAAACGACAUCGGAGACGAGUUCCGCAGACGAGAUCGCCUCAGUUGAUUAUUCCGGUUACUCCGGAGUCUACUCCCCUAGUCACGCGAAGGAAGACUCGCAUAAUCGGACGAAGUUAUCGGAAUAUCCUGAUUACUUCAUGAACGUCCUGCGGAUCGAUAACAGUACCGAGAACAAUGAUUUCGACACCUGGAAAAAUGUAACGUCGGUUUCCGAUACGUCGAGGGAUAACGCGCAAACCGCCAAGUUAGCGAAAUUUGCGGAACAACGCGCAUCGCGCAAGAUCCCUGAGAAUAAAAAUGCUCCGCACCGAACCAGAAGAGCGUUGUCGAGAAAAAAGAAACUCGAGUUAAAAAAGAGCGGGGAUGUGUCGAAGAAAAGAGGAAACAGAUUGGUUGAACGAAACCGAGAAAAAAUUUGCAAUUCCGCAGAGUCUAAUCAUCGUAACCGUCGGCGAAUCUCUCAAGAUUUAGAGGAAAAUUCUUCAAAAAGCAAGUCGAAUUCGAGGGGCGCCUUUGCUGCUGGCACGCGUGAUGUCGCGAAGGAAAUUGCGGUACAGAAACGUUGCGACUGUAAGGCACGACGACGUUCUCACAAUUUUACAAAUACCACCUGCCCGUGUAAGAGAAUGAGCUCGAAGGAUGCAGCCGCCGCUAUUAUGCGAGAUAUUCAAGAGUGCAUAAACACAAAAAUUACAAAGGGUUCUGAGGAUAUUGGGAAAACGAUUUCCAAAAGUGAGAAGGAUAUACUCGAGAACUCGAAUUACAAGGAUCUCAGUCAAAAUGUCUCUAUGGAUUACGAUUGGUUGGACAAGAACGAACCUAACAAAUGCGACUCAAUCGCGUCCAAUGACUUGAAACAAUCGUUCGAUUUGGAAAAAGAAUACAAACAAACAAAUGUUGAAGAUUCAUUGGUCAACUUCAAGAAGCGUGGAAGGUAUCGUAAAAAAAGACACAGAUAUUCGAUUGAUUGUAAACUCGAUGAAAAAAUGAACACGGCUUAUCGAAGUGUUUUCCAUGAUUGCGUCGAUUUCGAUACUCCACAAUCGACGUCUUCCUUGAAAAUAAACAUAGAGGAAAGUUGGAAAUCGGAGGACAGUAGCGACAAUGACGACGAGAUCCAUUCAUCCUGGCGCCGAUCAACCUUGGAAUCCUCAACUGAAGAAUGCGGUAAUGAAGUUGGUGGCGCGUUGGUAUUGGCUCGGAAGAUCGUUACGGACGAUUCGAUAAAAGACGAAAAAUCUGAUGAGGAACACGAGACAUUGAAUAACGCAUGUUACAAGUAUCACGAAGAUACUUUUUUGCCAACGGCAAAAGAUAAUUCUUUUCACGAUUCGGAUGGAAAUUCUGAAGACGUGAAAUUUAUUAAUCGCGACGAUGCGAAGGAUUUAAUCACAUAUAGAAAUAAAAAUAGGACAAUUACGAAAUUGACAUCGGAUAGUAGCUUUGUUAAGGAUGAAAACGAUGAUUCCAAGGUUCAAGAUAGGGCUACGAAAAACUUGAAAUUUACUAACAAAGUAAAUGUAAUGCGACAAUGCGCACGUGACAGGGGUAACACUUUGGAGUACGAUAGUGAAAGUAAUAAUCCACGUAGAGUAACCAGAGCUUUGGUAAAGAUUAAAACCGAAAAUCGUAAAGAAUAUCACACAGGCAAAUUAGUAUGGGGUUUCUUUGCAGGAUGGUGGCCAGCACUGAUCGUCGAAGCCGAACAUGUAGGAAUGGCGCCUGAGCCCGGCAAGUUGUGGGUCUACUGGAUUGGAGAAUCGCACAUAUCAUUGCUUAAAGAAGAAACACAGAUACAACCGUUCUCGAGGCACUUGGAGGAGCGACUGUCGCAACAGUCUCGUAAAAGUAUUCGUACGCGCGCCAUUGACGCGACUAUACAGAUACUUCGCCAACGUUUCAACUGUACUCUGACAAAGCCUUAUUAUUAUUGGAUACAACGAAACGUAGCUGAUUUGGAGACACUGGAUGAUUUAACGUUUUAUCCAUAUCCGGAACACGUACAAGAGAGACUGGAUAGUUUGAAGGAAAUAAACGCUAAAGCUACUGAAAAAUAUAUAGCAAAACAGAAAAGAGAGUCACCUGUCAAGGAGUUACCGCCGCCGAAAAGGCAGAAUACAGAAAAGAAAGAUGUAAACACAAGUUGGGAACAGAUCGAUAAUGAGCGUUUAUGUUUGCAACACCAACAACCUGGUGUAAUAACCUGGGGAAAGAUCCCCGGACAUUGUUGGUGGCCCGCAAUGAUUAUUGAUUAUCGCGACUGCUGUUUGAAAGAACCAAGUUUCGGUUGUCAAUGGAUUAUGUGGUACGGCGAUUAUCAGGUUUCAGAGGUACGUCAUCUCGAAUUUCUGAAAUUUCACAAAGGAAUAGAAAAAAUGCGCGACUACAUUCAAAAUACUAAUAGGCAACAGUAUCUUGAAGGUGUGCUUCAGGCUUCCAAGGAUUAUUGCUCACGUUUAGGAUGCGACACGGAUAACUGGACUUUAGAUAAUGUCUUUGAAUAUUUUUCAAAUAAUAGUCACCAAUCGAAUAACCAAUUGCAAGUUUCAGACUCUAACAGGAUAUAUGAUAAAUAUUCCAGUGAGAUUGUAAAAAGAAUCAACGAAUUCAAGUUCAAGUCAGAUGUAGAUGCUGAACGAAAGCGUGACAUAAAAGCGAGCAAUGAUCUUCGCCGCGCAAUGUCAGGAGAUUGCGAAAUGGAAACAUUAUGUUUAAGAUGUUUGAAAGUUCCUAAAGGUAAAAGAGAAGAACAUCCGUUCUUUAUAGGAUCCUUGUGUAAAAAAUGCUCGGACGAAUUUAAACCGUGUAUGUUCGUGCAUGGUAACGAUGGCAAGUGCUUUUACUGUACCAUUUGUGCCAGUACCGGGACCGUUCUUAUUUGUGACUCAGAAGACUGUCCACGUGUCUACUGUACAGCAUGUUUGAAAUUUUUAAUAUGUCCAAAAUCAUUCGACGAUAUGCUGUUGGAAGAUCCGUGGGAAUGUUUCCUCUGCAGGGAUGAAAGCAAACAGCCCGCGAAUAUAAUACUGCGUCCGCGAUUAGAUUGGAAAAAGAAAUUUACACAAAUGUUCCGCACAACCUCUGAUCUCAAGUCUGACGUAGAUAUUACAAAUUAUAAGAAGCAAAAUAAACCCGUGCGUGUACUAUCGCUUUUCGAUGGUUUAAGCACCGGUUUUUUGGUACUUCAAAAAUUGGGGCUUGUUGUGGAAGUUUAUUACGCUAGUGAAAUUGAUGUAAAUGCGUUAACGAUUAGCUCCGCUCACUUCGGCGAUCGUAUUACUUAUCUAGGAGAUGUAAGGCGUAUAACAAAGGAGAAAAUUCAAGAAAUUGCGCCAAUUGAUUUAGUAAUUGGUGGAUCACCAUGCAAUGACUUGAGUUUGGUUAAUCCGGCGCGAUUAGGUCUCCAUGAUCCGAAGGGAACUGGCGUUCUCUUUUUUGAGUAUACUCGAAUUAAAAAACUAGUAGAGAAAGCUAACAAAGGUCGACACCUGUUUUGGUUAUUCGAAAAUGUCGCUUCCAUGCCAACCGAGUAUAGAUUAGAAAUUAACAAAUAUCUGGGACGAGAACCUGAUGUCAUAGAUUCAGCAGACUUUUCGCCCCAGCACAGAUUGAGACUUUACUGGCAUAAUCUUCCUUUUAAUCCAUAUAUGCCGCUGUUUGAAAGUCCGCAGGACGUUCAGGAUAAGCUUACACCAAAUUUGAACCGAAAAGCUCUUUGCAAAAAACUUCGUACAGUUACAGGCAGAUCGGGUUCCUUAUUACAAGGCAAAGCAGAAUUAAAACCAAUCAUCAUGAAAGGUAAAACUGAUACCAUUUGGAUUACCGAACUGGAGGAAAUCUUUGGUUUUCCACGACAUUAUACGGACGUGAAAAAUUUAUCUGCCACAAAUCGACAGAAAUUGCUUGGCAAAUCUUGGAGCGUACAAACACUCACUGCCAUAUUACGACCUUUGUGCUCAUAUUUUAAGUGCAAUGAAGAUGAGACGAGCAAGAAAUCUGUUUCUUAAAAAGAGAUUUUUACUUCCGUAGCGCAAACGGUUAAUGAAAAUUAACAAAAUUUGGCUCAGUAAAAUUUUUAUCGCGAUUGAAUUGUAUAAUCAUUUUAUAUUAUUUUUGAAUCAAUCUAUGUGAAUGCAAUUUUAUAUACCUAAAAUCUGUGUCUUCAAUAUAAACAUAUUGAAUAUGAUAUUUCUUAAUUCAAUAUUUUGUAUAUAAAAAGUGCAUGCAUACAUAAACACGUUCUCUCUUUCUUACUCAUUCACAUAUAUAAAAUUGUACAUCACCCAAUAUCGAACUUUUUGUAUUACAUAAUUUAUCGAAUCAUAUAUACAGCAUAAUCUUUAAUUAUAUGUUAAAAUAUAUUUUUUUAUAAUUUUAUGAAACAAUUUUAUUAAUAUAUAAAAUUAUUAAACUAAUAUGAUAUACGAACUCUAUACGUAUACACACAUAAAUAUCAGAUGUAUACACAUAUAAAUAUCAGUGAUUAAAAUAAAAAAAGAGAUCUAAACAUAAAUCGUUUAGACUUUAUUUUAUGACUUUAUUUUAAGAAAGAGUGCUCCAUUCACUCCUCUGAAAUAUGGACAUAUGAUUAACAAUUAUUCUGUAUAUAUGUAUCAGUAUUAAAUUAUUUAAUUUCAAAAUACAUUUUGUGUGAAAAUGCAGGUUUACCUCUAAAAGACAAAUAUUACGAUAUGUAUCUCGAAAUGAGCUACACUUAUAUAAAUAUUAUAUAUAUAGUAGUGAUCUUUAAUUUGAAACAAAAAAUGUAAUUAUUACAAUGUCCUGUAACAUAUUACAUCUGCUAGUGUAGUACAUUUGUUCAGAUAUUCUUGUUUUAUUUAACAAGAAAUUAACAACCGUUUAUAAAAAAAUGUACCAAGGUGUAUAUCAAAAUAUACGUUUACCUGAUUUAUUAUGA